AGUUGAAGUUGCAGUUCGAGCCUUUCAUUCCGCAUUGUGCGCUGCCAGACGCAAGUCCGUAGUAAUUCUUAUCGUCGUAAUGCUGCGUCUGACAGCCCGUCACCUCCGAUCUCCACGCACGCAUCUCUCACGGGCGCUAACCGCUCGCUUCUCCUCUCAGGGAAAGGUCUACGCAGACGCGGACGCCGCCGUGAAGGACAUUCCGUCCGGUUCCAAGCUUGUUGUGGGUGGCUUCGGUCUCUGUGGCAUCCCAGAGAACAGUAUUCAGGCGCUAGUCAAGCAGGGAGCCAAGGACUUGACGUGUGUGUCCAAUAAUGCCGGAGUGGACGACUUUGGGCUGGGUCUACUGCUACAGACUCGUCAGAUUAAGCGCAUGAUCUCGUCGUAUGUCGGGGAGAACGCGCUCUUUGAGAAGCUUUAUCUCACUGGCCAGCUGGAGGUGGAGCUCACGCCACAAGGAACACUUGCAGAGCGUAUUAGAGCUGGCGGGUCCGGUAUUCCUGCUUUCUACACGCCCACGGCGUACGGUACUAUCAUCCAGGAGGGAGGUUUUGCCAUUAAGCUCAAGUCGGAUGGGUCGAUCGAUAUCCCCAGUGUCCCACGAGAAGUUCGUCAAUUUAAUGACCGGAAUUAUGUCAUGGAAGAGGGAAUUACUGGAGAUUUCGCGCUUGUCAAGGCGUGGAAGGGAGAUACCGAUGGCAAUUUGGUAUUCCGCGGCACAGCUCUCAACUUCAACGUGGAUGCUGCCAAGGCAGGACAGAUUACGAUUGCUGAAGUGGAAGAACUGGUGCAGCCUGGAGAUAUCCACCCAGACGAGGUUCAUUUGCCGAGCAUCUACGUCCAACGCAUUUUCAAGGCCAGAAACACCGAGAAACGCAUCGAGAAGCUCACUCUUGCCAAUGCCAAGAAAUCGCAGCAUAAAAUCUCCCCGGAUCGCGAGCGCAUCAUUCGUCGCGCGGCCAAGGAGCUAAAGGAUGGAAUGUAUGUGAAUCUGGGUAUUGGCUUACCAACGUUGGCGUCCAACUACGUCCCGGACGGAGUGAAGGUUGUUCUACAAAGUGAGAACGGACUGCUGGGGAUGGGGCCGUACCCGAACGAGGGCGAACAAGACCCUGAUCUGAUCAAUGCUGGCAAGGAGACGGUGACUUUCCUGCCCGGUUCAUCGACAUUCUCCUCGUCUGAGUCGUUCGCUAUGAUCCGUGGUGGUCACGUGCAUUUGACGAUUCUCGGUGCACUACAAGUGGCAGAGAACGGAGAUCUAGCGAACUGGAUUAUUCCCGGCAAGAUGGUCAAGGGAAUGGGAGGCGCGAUGGACCUCGUAGGCAGUGGCAACCGUGUCGUGGUCACGAUGGAGCACAAUGCGAAGGGUGGAGCGAAAAAAAUCCUCAAGAGCUGUUCGCUGCCGCUUACGGGCAAGAGUGUGGUAAACACCAUAAUCACAGAGCUGGGUGUGUUCGACGUGGUGCCUGGAAAGGGUCUCGUGCUGGUGGAGAUCGCUCCGACGACUACGGUGGACGAGAUCCGCGAACGUACCGAGGCAUCGUUCACUGUUGCGUCUGAUCUUAAGUCGAUGGAUUAAGUGGUGAAGUCUAAGGUUAUGUGAUGACAACGUUACAAUUCGACGAGUUUUGUACACGAAUGGCGGAAUCAACCACCUGUCAAAAACUACAACUGCACUACAGUAUCAAAUCGCUAGGUUAGUGGGCACAAAUGACUCCAAAUUACCAUGCGUUAAUACGUCAAAAUAUUGCAGUUUUUAUAGACCAAAACUCUUGGUGCUCGAGACUACAACAUUUGCCAAGAAACCUUACCAGCGCAUCAUAUUAUCACUGUGCAUCAAUACGGUGCAGGCAAGCAAAAUAAUAGUCUGGUAUUCGGUACGAAAUGCACAAUUAGCCGAGC